UAACAACACAAAAAUAAAAAGAAAUCUUACAUUAUGAGUAAUGCGACAAAUAACAACAGUGGAAGUUUAGAAUCAAAAUUCGCACGCCUUGGCGUGAACAACUCAGAUAACCGUCCUCAAACUUCUCGCUAUGUGCCUCCUCAUAUGAGAGCGCCUCACCACCAAGAAGAGCAAUCCAAUGGGCGUGGAAAUAUGGGCUCAACAUGGAGCAAGCCGACUGACCGUGCUGUGCGUUCAGACAGCUGGCAAUCUUCUAGGUCUGAUUAUGGGAGAUCUGGAGGUUGGAGUGAUAAAAGUAUGGGUGGCUACAGUAAUAGACCCAACUUUUACGAACGGGGUUCAUACGGUGGCAAAUAUGCACGGGGUGACCAAGAUUAUGUGCCUCGUCGAGAUGAAAGUCAAGGAUAUUGGAAGAAUGGAGUUCAUCACUUUGCCGCCCGCAACCCUCGUAUCGAGCAUGAGUUGUUUGGUGCUCCUGAAGACGUCGAUCGUCAACAUACCGGCAUCAACUUUGAAAAGUACGACGAUAUUCCUGUCGAAGCCAGCGGCACUGACGUUCCCGAGCCCAUCACGCAGUUCACUUCUCCACCUUUGGACCAACAUCUGCUUAGCAACAUUGACUUGGCUCGCUACACCACCCCAACUCCUGUCCAGAAGUACUCUAUUCCAAUUGUUGAGGCGGGAAGAGAUCUGAUGGCCUGUGCUCAGACCGGUUCGGGAAAGACCGCAGGAUUUCUCUUCCCCGUGUUGUCAAAGCUGUUUUCAGAUGGCCCCAUUGCUUCCGCUCCCCCACAGGAAGGAAAUAGACCCUCCUACCUGCGUACCAAAAAGGCUUACCCAAGUGUCAUUAUUCUCUCGCCUACUCGUGAAUUGACCUGCCAAAUUUACGAUGAAGCACGGAAAUUCGCUUACCGCAGUUGGGUUCGACCAUGUGUAGUAUAUGGUGGCGCAGACAUCGGACAACAGCUGCGGCAAAUUGAACGAGGUUGUGAUCUUCUGGUGGCUACACCGGGUCGCCUCGUGGAUCUAAUUGAACGCGCGCGGAUCUCUCUCUCGCAAAUCAAGUAUCUCGUGCUCGAUGAAGCUGACAGAAUGCUUGACAUGGGUUUCGAGCCUCAAAUUCGACGCAUUGUAGAGCAGGAGGAUAUGCCAGGGGUGGAAGAUCGUAUCACUUUGAUGUUCAGUGCAACUUUUCCAAGAGAUAUCCAGUACCUGGCUCGCGACUUUUUGAAGGAAUACAUCUUCUUAUCGGUUGGAAGGGUUGGUUCAACCUCUGAAAAUAUCACCCAAAAGAUUGAGUAUGUAGAAGAUGAAGACAAACGUUCCGUUUUACUGGAUAUUCUACAUUCUUCCGAAUUGACGGGCUUGACGCUCAUCUUUGUUGAAACCAAGCGAAUGGCCGAUAUGCUAUGCGACUUCCUGGUUGGUCAAAACUUUCCUGCUACAGCCAUUCAUGGAGAUCGUACACAAAGGGAACGUGAAAGAGCCUUAGAUUCAUUCCGUAAUGGUCGAACCCCCAUUAUGGUGGCUACUGCCGUGGCUGCUCGUGGUUUGGACAUAGCGAACGUUGGACAUGUCAUUUCUUAUGACCUUCCCACCGACAUUGAUGAUUAUGUUCAUCGCAUUGGUCGUACUGGCCGUGCUGGUAAUACUGGAUCUGCAACCGCAUUCUUCAACCGUGGCAACAAAGGUAUUGCUGGCGAUCUCAUUGAUAUCCUCAAGGAAGCUAAUCAAGAGGUCCCUUCAUGGUUGGAAUCCAUUGUUCGAGAGAACCGAAUGUACAGUGGUGGCGGCGGCCGUGGAGGUCGAGGCCGUGGCCGCGGAGGUAGCUUUGGCAGCCGAGAUUUCAGAAAGUAUCCACAGCAACAGCAGCAACAAAAUGGUGGUGAUAACUGGUAUCGCGGAAAUGGUGGUGGUUAUGCAUCAGACAUGUACAAUAGUUAUGGUGGAGGUUACGGAAGAGGUCCAUCUAACACAUCAGUACCUGUUCAAUAUCAGAACAAAACAAGCUGGUUUUAAGUAUGUUCAAGCAUUCAAAAAAGAAAUAACCCUAUCUUCAAUUCUUUUCUUAUAUUUCUCUCUGUGCCGUAUCGGUUGACGUUUUGCAUUUUUCCCGUAUCUUUUUUGUUUUUCGCUUUGGGAGGUCGUCCUUCCACACAACAACCCCAGUAUUCUAGUGUCACAGAAACACACUAUUCUCUCUUUCUUCAGCUCAUUCGCUACACCUUCGUUUCAUAUCUGCGAUUCUGCUUAACAAUAACCCUAGUGCCUCUUAUCGUAAAAAGCUUGUAUAGACCCCCCUUUCUUAUCAUAUUUCUUUGCUUCUUCGUGUCUUUUGCUUCUACAGCAUUCUGUCAGUAUCAACUUUUUUUUUCUUUUC